CCCACUUCACUUUUUUGUGUGUGUGUGUGUGUUAAUCAUACAUAAUACUAUUUUGUUUCUUGACUUCCCUCCUACUACUGCGCUUUAAAUAUGUCAUAGCCCCGUGGCCUCUUAGCCACAUUAAAAGUGUCUCUUUCUCUAAACAUUCUCACAAAUUAAGGUGAUCAUCUUCAUUCUAUUUCACUCCAAACUAUAAACCAUCUCCUUUUCGCCACCUUCUUUAUAUUACUAGUACCCUCUUUGAUCAUUUUUCACUUUUCUCUUUCUCAUCAAUACUGUAUUAUCUCUCCAAAUGCUGCAAAAUUCUUUAGCAAGUGCCGUACGGCACUUUUCUCUCAUUCUUUUGGUCUUGGCCGGUCUCGUUAGCGCCGAGGACCCUUACAGGUUCUUCGACUGGAAAAUUACCUACGGCGAUAUCUAUCCUCUCGGUGUUCGUCAAAGGGGUAUUCUUAUAAAUGGUCAAUUUCCUGGACCAGAUAUUUUCUCGGUUACCAAUGAUAAUAUCAUCAUCAAUGUUCAAAACAACUUGCCUGAACCUUUCCUAUUGUCAUGGAGUGGAGUGCAAAACAGGAAAAACUCCUUUGAAGAUGGGGUUUAUGGAACCACAUGCCCUAUUCCACCAGGCAAGAACUUCACCUACAAACUUCAGAUGAAAGAUCAGAUUGGGACAUUCUUUUACUUCCCAUCUCUAGCCUUCCACAAAGCCGCCGGCGGGUUCGGAGGCAUUAAAAUCCUCAGCAGGCCUAGAAUUCCCGUCCCAUUCCCUGAUCCCGCCGGCGAUUACACUAUCCUCAUUGGAGAUUGGUACAAGCUUGACCACCAGAAAUUGAAGGCCAUUCUAGAUGGUGGUCACAAGCUUCCUAACCCGGAUGGUAUUCUAAUCAAUGGCCGCGGACCUAGCGGUACAUCAUUCACAUUUGAACCAGGUAAAACCUACAGGCUUCGGAUAUCAAAUGUUGGGCUACAACAUUCGCUCAACUUCAGAAUUCAGGGACACAAGAUGAAGUUAGUUGAAGUAGAAGGGACCCACACAAUCCAGACCACGUAUUCGUCGAUUGACGUCCACGUGGGCCAAUCCUAUUCGGUGCUUGUCACAGCUGAUCUGGCCCCACAAGACUAUUACUUUGCAGUCUCAUCCCGUUUCACCGAUAAGGUCCUCCCCUCCACCGCCAUCAUUCACUACAGCAACUCUGCUCGUCAAGUUUCAGGCCCAAUCCCUGGUGGCCCUACUACUGAAAUCGAUUGGUCUCUCAAUCAGGCCCGUUCUAUCAGGACUAACUUGACAGCGAGUGGACCAAGGCCAAAUCCACAAGGCUCAUACCACUAUGGUCAGAUAAACAUUUCAAGGACCAUAAUACUAGAGAGCUCGGCAGCUCUAGUUAAUAGGAAGCAAAGAUAUGGCAUUAACAGUGUGUCUUUCGUCCCUGCUGACACGCCCCUUAAGCUCGCGGACUAUUUCAAAAUUGGAGGCGUUUUUCGUGUUGGAAGCAUAGCAGAUAAGCCCCCUCGCAAAAAAAUGUACCUCGACACAUCGGUCAUGGGUGCUGAUUACAGAUCCUUUGUUGAGAUUGUUUUCCAAAACCGUGAAAACAUUGUCCAAAGUUAUCACCUUAACGGAUACAACUUUUGGGUUGUUGGAAUGGAUGGAGGACAAUGGACCCCGGCUAGUAGAAAACAGUACAAUCUUGAAGAUGCAGUUUCAAGAUGUACCACACAAGUUUACCCAAGGUCUUGGACGGCUAUUUAUGUAGCACUUGAUAACGUGGGAAUGUGGAAUAUAAGGAGUGAGUUUUGGGCAAGGCAGUACCUUGGGCAACAGUUUUAUCUCCGAGUUUAUACACCUGUGAACUCAACAAGAGAUGAAUAUCUCAUUCCCCAAAAUGCCCUUCUCUGUGGAAGAGCUGUUGGCCAAAGCAUGGCAGUCUCUGAACCUCUGUAAAAAAGCUGCAGCUUAAUCUAUACAGAGUGUUAACCAUUACAUUCAUAAGUUAAUGACACCAAUUAUAGUAAUUCUUUACCAUUCACUUUGUAUGUUAUAUGUAAAAAUUUACCUUUUGGCAAUAAGUUAAUUUAAGUAACUUAUUUACCAUUUUAUGAUUAUCUUGUGUGUUCCUGUAUUGUGUGUUGCUUAGUUUUUGUUUCUAUAAACUUUUUUUUUUUUUUUUUUUUUCCUGGAAUUGUGUUUCUAUGUACUUAGACCAAAACAAUGUUGAACAAACCAAACCUUGGAGAUCCAUAUCACAUUGUCGGACAAAGAUAUAAUCCGAAAAGCCCAAUAGUUUCCUGUCAAGUAGAUUGGCUUCCCAAAUCCUAUCAUGGGUCAUGAUUGUUCUUCGUUUGGCAAUAUGUGCCCCGAUUAACUAUUGAUUUCAUACAGUUUCAUGUC